CGCGGCGCAAGUUCCACCGGUGGAGCUGCGCCCGCCCACGUUCGCAAGGAGGCGCCUCGCGUGUCUCCGCCGCGCCUGAGGGGUUUUGCGGGCCCACGUCUCAGCUGUUCCCCUCACCGCCGCGAGAGCAGCUGGGUGACCCUCGCCCGCCCCUCGCCUCUGCCCUCGCCUCCCCGGCCUCCGGGCUCCUUGCCACAGGCUCCUGCCCCUGCCCGCCCCUCCGGACUCCUCCCUCUGUGCCCGCCUGCUCGGGUUCCCGUGCCUGUCGUGGCGGCCCCGGCCCGCCGAGAAAGGUGGGCCACCGCCAGGAGUUUGCCCCCGGCCCCUCCUCCUCCGCCUCCUCGGCCAGAGCACUUCGCUAAUGGUUAACUUCUAGGCGCUGCGGCUGGCGGUGGACGACGGAGCGCCCGCGACCCAAGUCUCCGUCCGCCGAAAGCGGAGGCGCUUCCCCCGGCUGCUGCUGCUGCUGCUGCUGCCGCCGCCUCGGCUUGUUGGACGCCCAGAGCUCCCGCCAUGAAGACCAUAUGGAAGUAUUUGCUUGGAGUUCUUGGGGUUGCUGUUCUCAUUACAGCCAUAGUUGUUCCUGUUGUUUUGUUGACAAACACAGCUACACCUGAUCCCCGCAGGAAAUUUUCUCUAGAAGAUUAUUUGAAUAAUAGUUUUCAGUACAUGUCAUACAACUUGCAGUGGAUUUCAGGAAACCAGUAUAUCCACACAAGACAGAACAAUAUCCUUCUCAUCAACGCUGAAGAUGGCUCGGAGACUACAAUUAUAGGAAACACAAGUUUAGCCAGUUACAACAGUACUGAAGCAAUAGUGUCACCUGAUCAAAAAUACGCUCUUCUGAGAUACAAUUAUGUGAAGGUAUGGAGACACUCAUUCAAUGCAUCAUACUACAUCUAUGAUAUAGAUAAAAGUUCUGUAAUAACUGACCACCCACUUCCUACAGAUAUCCAGUACAUAUCCUGGUCACCUGUUGGUAAUAAAUUGGCUUACGUUUGGCAUAACAACCUUUAUGUGAAAGAAGCACCAAACACCCCUGGUGUGCAAAUCACCACAAAUGGAGAGGAAAAGAUUUUUAAUGGACUGUCAGAUUGGGUGUAUGAAGAGGAAAUGUUUGGCACGCAUUCUGCUCUGUGGUGGUCUCCAAAUGGCACUUUUUUAGCAUAUGCAGAGAUCAAUGAUACCGAAGUUCCUGACAUUGAGUACUCAUUUUAUUCAGAAGAUACGUUGCAGUACCCAAAGACCAUUAGAAUCCCAUAUCCUAAGGCAGGUGCUACAAAUCCAACCAUAAGGCUCUUUGUUGUGAAUACCUACUCCCUUCCCAGGGUUGUUUCCACUGAAAUUGUUGCACCAUCAAACAUAAAAUCAGGGGAUCAUUAUCUGAGUGUGGUGACAUGGGUAACCAAUGAGAGAAUCUGUUUACAGUGGCUGAAAAGGAUUCAGAACUUUUCACUUCUCACAAUAUGUGACCAUUCUGAACAAAGUGGAACUUGGCAAUGUCCAGAGGGUAAAUGGCGUACUGAAGAAAGUCAUACUGGUUGGAUUGGCAGAUUCCAGCCAUCCGAACCGUACUUUGCCAGUGACAAGGAGAGCUAUUACAAAAUCAUUAGUGACACAAAUGGAUAUAAGCACAUCCAUUACAUUGACAGCACAGGAAAGUCCACACCCAUUACAAGUGGAACAUGGGAGGUGAUCAGCAUUGAUGCUCUAACAAAUGACUAUAUAUACUUUAUCAGUAAUGAAUUUGAAAAUAUUCCAGGAGGGAGAAAUCUGUAUAAAAUGGAAUUAAAAGAUAGCAGAGCAAAAACAUGCAUUAGCUGCAGUUUAGAUGAAGAAAGGUGUCAAUAUUAUUCAGUAUCCUUCAGCACAGAUGCAAGAUAUUAUAAGCUGAAUUGCUAUGGUCCUGGCCUGCCUUACUUCACCUUGCAUGACAGCAGUACAGACGGAGUUAUUAGGGUCUUGGAAAACAAUACAUACCUCAGUAAUUUGCUGAAGGAUAUCCAGAUGCCCUCCAAAGUACUGGAGACCAUUUCACUGCAUGGAGGACGUUUCUGGUAUCAAAUGAUCUUACCUCCUCACUUUGAUAAAUCCAAGAAGUACCCUCUGCUCAUUGAUGUGUAUGCAGGCCCCUGCAGCCAGAAAGCAGAUGCCGCCUACCGGAUCAAUUGGGCUACAUACCUCGCAAGCACAGAGGGGGUUAUUGUAGCCAGUUUUGAUGGCAGAGGAAGUGGCUACCAAGGAGACAAAAUCAUGCAUGCAAUAUAUCGAAGACUGGGAACCUAUGAAGUUGAAGACCAGAUCCUGGCCGCUAAAACAUUUUCUGAAAUGAGCUUUGUUGAUAAGACAAGAAUAGCUAUCUGGGGCUGGUCAUACGGUGGCUAUGUGUCCUCCAUGGUGCUUGGAUCAGGAAGUGGCGUGUUCAAGUGUGGAAUAGCGGUUGCCCCUGUGUCACGCUGGCAGUAUUAUGAUUCUAUAUAUACUGAACGCUACAUGGGCCUUCCUGAAGCAGGUGAUAACUUGCACAACUAUGAGAAUUCUACUGUUAUGGCCAGAGCCGAGAACUUUCGAAAAGUUGAUUAUCUCCUGAUCCAUGGAACAGCAGAUGAUAAUGUUCACUUCCAGCAAGGAGCUCAGAUCUCGAAAGCUCUGGUUGAUGCACAGGUGGAUUUCCAAGCAAUGUGGUAUACAGAUAAGGACCAUGGAAUUGGAGGCCAAGCCCACAAUCACAUUUACACCCAUAUGAGCCAUUUUAUCAAGCAGUGCUUCGCAUUGGCCUAAUACUGGUGACAGAUUCCGCGUCUCAUACUGAAAUUUUAUGAGGCUUUCAGAAAAAGGACUUUUCUAAUUAAUUGUUAUUGCAUGUUUCACUGAAUAACAGCCAAAUUGACCUCUAUGGGCAACUUGAAUGAAGGAAACCACAAAAAAACCUCACUACAGAGCCCUAACCAAAGAUUUGUACUGCUCCGGCACACAUGCUAAAGCGAUUCCUCUCCCUUCUGUGUAGAGCUUGUUUUGCAUGUCGGAGAAGGGAGUGGAUCAGCAGUCUUCCUCAUAUAAAUUCCUACAUAUAUUGCUCUGUAUGUGACAGAGGAGCAAAGGCAUGUGUGCAACAGCCAUGGGAAGACAGCAUUUUCUAAUAAUUGAUUUUUCUACUUUUGAAGCAAAAGUGCAAAUUGGCUUUUUAAGUGCUCUUUGUUGCCAAUUACCUGAGGUGGUGAUGGGGAGGAAACACGCGAGUUUCUGCUGCAUUUGUGCGUCCAGUAAUUUUGGUAUAAAAAUGGCUAUUCCAACCGAUAAACUUCAUGUUUUUAUGUGGAAGAUGCCGAGAAGCUGAACCUGAGCUGUGGCUCUCUGUAGAUGCUUAGUGGAUUGCAGCCAAAGUAGGCAACAGCCUGCAAGGACGGAACCAUCCCUGUGGGCUGAGAGAUCUGUGAUUGGGAUCGCUUGCAAGCCAGGACAAAAGCAGCCGUGGGCGAAAAGGAGACACAGAGGCUUUGGGACUGUGCGGCUGGGUGGUGUUCUUGUUCCUUCCUUGUUCCAUUCCCCAUGUACUCCCCACUUGCAGGUGACUUCUCCUAGUUAUAAAGCUCAGAGGGACUGUCUUGAAAUUACACAGUGUGUCUGCCAAUGAGUGAAACAGACAGUGUAUGUGACAGUAAUUUUAAAAAUGGCCAAAGGACUGGAUGGAGAUUUGCAGUAAAAUUUAAACUGUAGUAAAUGGCUGGAAUCCCAAAGGUGAUGUAGCUGAUGAUGGAAUAGUUUCUGUUAGCAGAAUCAGGAAGAGCCACCUUUCCUGCCCACUGCAACCCACCUACUCCCUGAACUCUGAAACCAGCUACAAAGGCUUGUAAAACUUCUGGAGCUGGUUUUCAAGGAAUACCAUGUAAAAUUAUUGAGAUGGCUAGAAAUGUCGGCCUGUCCCUUUUUUUUUUAAAGAUUGCCAACAUAUGGAAGAACUGUCAAACACCUGUAGAACAGAUCCUAGAACCCACAGCACACAAUGUUGCAAGAGGCCAGCUGCCAUUCAUUAAGAAUCCUGUAAAAGGGAAUUAAUUCCAGCUAUUUAGGCUCCAAAUUCUGCAGUCAGAUCAGGUGGGUAAUCCAGCUGUUUUUUUUUGCACACUGAUGUCCCAGUGAAUGAAGCCAGAACCUUGAAGUUGGCAAUGGCAGAACACUGAGAAUCAGCAACAGACAUGUAGUCUCAGCAUGAACUGCGGGCUCUUGUCUGAAACGUUGUUCUAUAUGCUGUCAGCUCUGAUGAAGCACCUACAAAUGCUGUGAAUACUGAUGCCUGUGUGCCUUAGGACUUGUAGAAAUCUAAAAGUUGGACGAGGAUUUGCCUCCGGGUGGAUAGAGGUGUUCCACUCGUGGAAGGUGGAAUCAAUCAAUGCAAAAUAUUCACAGAAAUAGCACAGAAUUGCUGAAAAGAAAAAUGGCUUGCACAUACUUUAUCCCCCAUGGAUGUAAAUGUAGUUCAGCGGCUACAAUCAAGGCAGAUACAUGACCUGAGCAGAUCAUUCUCUUUUGUAGGGAUCAAAAAUGUAACCUAAGAUUAUUGGGAGGAAAUCAGCCUUGAUAUACACCAAAGUUUACCCUUUGCUUAAGUAAAACGCUUCAGUUAUAAGUC